AUUUGUUUUCUUGCAGGCAUUUCACUUUGCAAGUUUCUGAAAUCUGAAGUAACUCGUAGCUACUUCCUUCAACAACAUGAAGAGCGAUAUGAGUUCAAAAGGGAGCAAAUAUACACAUUUAUGAAGAUCCCUAGAGAGAUUGAAAAAUUGAUUGGCUAUGGAUUUUUCCAGGUGGUGGAUGCGUUCCUGUUCAUCUUCACGUUCCUGCCGCUGCGUUUUGUGCUGGCCGUGUGGGCGCUGGCUACCAGACCUCUGCUGGGUGCCAUCGGUUUGAGGCGGCAGGGCAGCCACGGCCAGUGGCUGAAGCCCUCGGAGAUCAUCGACCUGAUGAAGGGUCUGAUUGUCAUCAUCACGUGCCGGAUGAUGGCCUUCAUCGACACCUCCAUGCUGUACCACGUGGUGAAGAGCCAGUCCAUCAUCAAACUGUACAUCUUCUACAACAUGCUGGAGGUGGGCGACAAGCUGAUGUCGUCCUUCGGCCAGGACUCGCUGGACGCUCUGCACUGGACGGCCACUGAGCCGCGCCGCCGCAAACGGCAGCACCUCGGCACCCUGCCGCACUUCUUCCUGGCCAACGUCUAUGUCUUUAUGCACAGUAUAUUGAUCCUGUUUCAAGUAACGGUGCUGAACGUCGCCAUAAACUCCAACAACAAGGCCCUGCUCACCGUCAUGAUGUCCAACAACUUUGUCGAGCUGAAGGGCUCCGUGUUCAAGAAGUUCGACCGCAACAACCUGCUGCAGGUGGCGUGUAGCGACAUCCGUGAGCGGUUCCAGUACUGUAUCCUGCUCAUGCUGGUCGUCGUGCAGACCAUGAAGGAGUUCGGAUGGAGCGAGGCCCAGCUGUGGGUGCUGCUCCCCGACUGCGCCAUGGUGCUGAUCGCCGAGCUGUUUGUCGACUGGGUGAAACACGCCUUCAUCACGCGAUUCAACGAGAUCCCGGCCGACAUCUACCGCGAGUACACGCUGACGCUCGCCUACGAUCUCAUCGCCAGCAAACAGAAAUAUGCCUUCAGUGACCACUCGGACGUGGUCAGCCACCGGAUGGGCUUCAUCUCGCUGCCGCUGGCCGCUCUCACGGCCCGCAUUCUGAUGCAGUCAGUUCGGCUCAGCGGCGCCGCCUCCUGGCUCGUGCUGGCCGCCGCCUACCUGGCGCUCACCGCCUUCCGCGUGCUCAACACCAUCAUCAUACUGGGCAAGGCGUGUGACCUGAUUGACACGGAGGCGGCCGAGCCGUCGGGCGCGGCGGCGGCGGCCGCGGCCGAGGCCCGCUCGCGGCACGUCUCCGAAUGUGAGCCAGCCGCCGACAGCUCCAUGGCCGAGCCCUACAACGUGUUCCGGGAGUUCUCACCCCCGGACCCCGUAGACGAGGACGAGGGAGAGACGGAGACGGUUGGAGCGGAGUGUAGGUGCGCGGCGCACGGUGACGGAAGGUGCCAGCCGGCCGCCGGCGCGUCGUGACACGACUCAGGGGGGGGGGGGGGUGCCGACUGUGUCGGCGGGUCAGUGCCUGAACCUGUGGUAACCGCUGCGGUAGAGUCGUGGAAUAUGGAGGAUUGUUGUUUGUUGUUAUUGGGAUAAGACAUGCGUGCUGUGAACCGGAAAUACAGGUGUUUUUAUUUGUGUACUUA